UUUUCAUUAUUCGUCUGUGGUGUUAAAUGCCUGCUUGCUACGAAAACUUUGUUUCUUAAUUUUUAAUAAAGUUUCAGUGCUUUCUUUAUUUAGAAUAUGAUAUAAUUUGUAUACUACUAUGGCUUUCCUUUGUCCGGUGAGAAUAAGAAGGGGGAAAAAGAAGAAAUCCAGCAGUGGUGAUUCAGACAAGGAGCUGUCUCGUCCAGGGUCAGGUUUGAGUCCUGGUAUGGGCCGCAUCACAGGCUCGGCUAGCAUUGAAACAUUAGUUAGAGUUGGCAUUGAAAAGGAACAUGGACUCAGUCCGGACUCUAAAAUGGUGGUGCUACAUGACUUUGCACCUUGUGUGGAUGAUGAACUUGAGGUAAAAAGAGGACAGAUAGUAAAUGUAUUAUAUCGGGAAAACGACUGGGUGUAUGUUAUAGUAACAGAGUCUAGGAGGGAGGGUUUCAUACCGCAUUCAUAUUGUGCUCCGUGCGAUCAUCAUGACUUAAAGAAGAAACUGCCCAGAAGUCGAUCACCCACUGACUUAGCACAUAGAGAUGUAUCACAGCUCUCCCUAUCGGACGGAGCGACAAACGAUGGCCAUUCAGAGUUGGGCAGCGAGGGUGAAGCCUGCCCGUUCAGUAAGGAUCCUUCUGGCAGAUAUGUUGUUUUGUACACGUUCACGGCAAGAGAUGAAAAUGAUGUUGAUGUGGAACGAGGCGAGUUUGUUACAGUUUUAAAUAGAGAAGACCCAGAUUGGUACUGGAUUGUAAGGAGCGAUGGUCAGGAAGGAUUCAUUCCUUCUGGCUUCGUUUAUCCAGCUGUAGCACAAGCACCACAACCGGACAACCCACAGCAGAUUCACCCACCGCCUACAACAAACCCCAACAACACGAUGAUGUCCAACAACAGUAUUAAUAACAACACAAUACAACAAGAAAACGAUGGGAGGUACCACGGAACUGAACUUGUCAUGCUCUAUGAUUAUAAGGCACAAGCACCCGAUGAUUUAUCAGUGAAGCGGGGAGAGUGGGUGUACGCGGACCUGACCCAGCAGACGGUAGAAGGCUGGUUGUGGGCACACGCACCCAAGUCGCGGCGCUCCGGGUUCAUCCCCACCGCGUACGCGCGUGCCCCGCAUACUACGUCACUCUGAUACUGCUAUAUGUGAAGCGGGGGAGUAGAGUACGCGGGCAGAGAGCAAAUUACGUCACUCUGAUAUUGUUAUUUGUGACGCGAGAGAAUAGAGUACGCGGGCAGUGGGCAAUCUACGUCACUGAUACUGCUGUCUACAAAGCAGGGGAGGAGUGUAUGCGGACAGUAGACAAACUAAGUCACUCUGAUACUGUUAACUGUGAAGCGAGGGAGUAGUGCACGCGGGCAGUGGGCAAACUACGUCACUCUGAUACUGUUAUCUGUGACGCGAGAGAAUAGAGUACGCGGGCAGUGGGCAAACUACGUCACUGAUACUGUCUACAAAGUGAGGGAGUAGUGCACGCGGGCACUGGGCAAACUAAGUCACUCUGAUACUGUUAACUGUGAAGCGAGGGAGUAGUGCACGCGGGCAGUGGGCAAACUACGUCACUCUGAUACUGUUAUCUGUGACGCGAGAGAAUAGAGUACGCGGGCAGUGGGCAAACUACGUCACUGAUACUGUCUACAAAGUGAGGGAGUAGUGCACGCGGGCACUGGGCAAACUAAGUCACUCUGAUACUGUUAACUGUGAAGCGAGGGAGUAGUGCAUGCGGGCAGCGGGCAAACUACGUCACUGAUACUGCUGUCUAUAAAGCGACGGAGUGGUGUACGCUGGCAGUGGGCAAACUAAAUCACUUUGAUUCCGUUAUCUGUGAAACGAGAGUAGAGUACGUAGGCAGUGGGCAAACUACGUCACUGAUACGUCUACGAAGCGGGGGAGUGGUGUACGCUUCGAUACUGUCGUCUGUGAAGAGGGAGAGUAGAGUAUGCAGGUAGUGGGUAUGUCACUCUGAUACUGUUGCCUGUGAAGCUGGAGAGAAGAGUACGCGGCCACACUGCGUCACUGAUACUAUUGUGUGUGAAACAAGGGAAUGGAUGUAUGUGGGCACACUAUGAUGGAUGUAUGUGAUACUGUUGUCUGUGAAGCAGGGAGUAUACGCGGUUACACUACGUCACUGAUACUAUUGUACAGUUUGUUUAUCCCUAGGUGUAAGUUUUACUUAGAAUUUGGGGGAGCCCUUUAUAUCAUUAUUAUUAAUUGAUCAGUUUCUGCAGGUUGAAUUUCAAUAAAUCUCAGUUGGGCUUUUUGUUACAAAAACUUACUUUACUAAUCUCAAGUUUCUAGGCUCAUAUGCAUGGUGAUAUGUCAGUCAGUCAGUUUAUAUUUUAAUAUGUAUAGAUUAUAAUAAGUAAAAGUAAUUCAAUUGCUUUCAAAAAUGUUUAGAUCUAAAGUAUAGUCAAAUAAGAAUGUCUUAAGUUUGUAAACAAAUGACUGACAGUAAGAUAGAUAAAGGAAGGAAAAACUGCUAACCUUAUUUCUUCCUAAAAGAUUACAUUAUUAUUUAUUACAAUUGAGGAUCCUAAAUCAUCCUAAUCACUUCCCCAACACAUCAAGCUAGAUGUGAAAGUACAUAUUUCUAAAACAGCAUAAGACAAUCUUAUUUGAACCAACUAUACUAUUUUUACUUAAUCAUGUUGCUAUGAUAAGAUAUUUUUAGUUGUUUUUUUAUAUAUUUCUCAGAUAAAUGUACAAUAAAUUAGUCUUCCUUAGAAGUAAGAAUUAGGAUUCCAAUAUUCAUUUAAGAAUGUCUUUAGAAGCAUUUAAGGUCUGUUAAAAUAAAGCAUUUAUUGUAAAUUCUCCGUCCAAAUUGACUGAUACAAAUUGUAACAAAAUUAUACUUUGGGUGUUAUAUUCAUUAAGGUUUAAUUAUAAAUAAAAUACUUUUUU